AGUGACCCUUUUUAGUUGUUCAAGAUAGUUGGAACAUUGAGGUAGUUUUGAGUGUAUGUACCAGAUUAUGUGAUUGUUAAGAAGAUGAGCAGUGAAACGCAGAUCGCAAGUAUAGUGAAUGAUAUUUUAAAAGUCGAAGCAAUAGAGGAAGCAUUUAGUUGUGUUCUUGUCCAUCAGCCUAACAAUGAAAGCGAGAAAAUAACAACAUGGCAAAACGAACUAAAAGGAGUUAUGACUGGAUUAACAAAAGAACAGCAGGAAGCUGCUGUUCGUCAGUUUCUUUCAAUGGCAGCAGCUAUGACUAAUCAUAGACGAUUACAGUUAUUAUUAUCGCUGUUACAAAACUUAGUGCAAUCAAAUGUUUUACCUGCUAGAUUAGUGUGCGAAUGUAUUUUGAGUUGUGAUAAAUUACAGUAUCAGUUGGAAGACUUUUGGGUCGAAUGCUUUGUUCUCAUUCGACAUAUCAUUGGUGGAGUUGAUUAUAAAGGAGUUAGAGAGAUCAUGAAAGGAUGCAAGGAAAAAGCGCAAACUAUACCAGCUCGAUUAAAUGCAUCAGUACAACCACAAUUAAAAGCUUUAGAGAAUGUUAUUGAAUAUAUUUUCGAUAGAAAUGCAUGCCUAUUGCCAGGUUAUUUUAUUGUCAAUGAAAUACAAAAAGCUUAUCCUGAUAACAAGAAUUGGCCUCAUUGGAAGUUGGCAAAAUUGCUUUCCAAUUUUGUUGAAAGUUUUCGAAAUACUGCACAAAUGGUAUCUAUAAUAGGGCACUCAAAAAUGUUACCAGUAGUUGAACAUACAGGAUACGCAGAUCAUUUGAUUAAUCCCUGGUUAUUGGAUCCUACUACAUUGAAAUUUUCUUUGAAAGGAAACUUACCUUAUGAUCCAGAUUUACUUAAGCCUCAAACAGAAUUGCUCCGAUAUGUUCUGGAGCAACCGUAUAGUAGAGAUAUGGUCUGUUCAAUGCUUGGUUUACAAAAACAGCAUAAGCAACGAUGCAUUGUCUUGGAGGAACAACUGGUAGAACUAGUCAUACUCGCAAUGGAACGAGCCGAGAAUGAAUCUUUACCAGCAGAAGGAACGGACGGGACUGUUGCUAAUCAUUGGGUGUGGUUGCAUUUAUCCUCACAGCUCAUUUACUUCAUCCUCUUCCAAUUCGCGUGUUUCCCAAGUAUCGUCAUGGCAAUACAUGAUAAAUUGGCGGGCAGAGACUUGAGAAAGGGCAGGGAUCAUCUGAUGUGGGUCCUCUUACAAUUUAUUUCCGGCAGCAUUCAACGAAAUCCAUUGUCGAAUUUCUUGCCUGUACUGAAAUUGUACGAUCUUCUUUAUCCGGAGAAGGAGCCCUUACCUGUCCCGGAUUAUACACAGGCAUUAUGCACUCAUCAGAUGGCCAUUACAUGCAUAUGGAUACACUUGCUGAAGAAAGCUCAAUCCGAACCAGUCUCCAACAUUCACAGACCUAUACCACACACAUUGAAGGUUCAUCACGAGUUCCUACAACACUUAGUUAUGCCAAACACAUCUCUCUGUAUGGGUUCGGAUUAUCGCAUCGCACUCUUGUGCAACGCUUAUUCGACGAAUCAAGAAUACUUCAGUAGACCAAUGGCGGCAUUAGUCGAUACUAUUCUGGGUACACAGAAAAAUCAACAGCAGCAACCCUUGCAGAUCUUACAGAAUACCGCGGCGCUGGCAAAUGGUCCGACGACGCCGCUCUCGAUGUCUAUCCUGGAUUCAUUGACCGUACACUCGAAGAUGAGCCUGAUUCAUAGUAUUGUCACGCAUGUGAUUAAAUUAGCGCAAUCCAAGAGCAAUAUGGCGCUAGCGCCGGCACUGGUUGAAACUUACAGCAGACUAUUGGUGUACACAGAAAUUGAGAGUCUUGGUAUCAAAGGAUUUAUUAGUCAGUUACUACCGACGGUCUUCAAAUCGCACGCUUGGGGUACGCUAUACACUUUGCUGGAGAUGUUCAGCUACAGAAUGCAUCAUAUCCAGCCGCAUUACAGAGUCCAGUUAUUGUCGCAUCUUCAUAGCCUCGCAGCGGUACCACAAACCAACCAAACGCAGCUUCAUCUGUGCGUCGAAAGCACAGCUCUACGACUUAUCACUGGUCUCGGUUCGGCGGAGGUACAGCCACAAUUAUCUAGAUUCCUGUCGGAGCCGAAGACUCUCGUAUCUGCAGAAUCGGAAGAACUCAAUCGAGCAUUGGUGUUAACGCUAGCGCGUUCCAUGCACGUGACUGGUACAGGUGCCGAUAGUCUCAGUGGCACAUGGUGUAAGGAAUUAUUGAACACCAUCAUGCAAAACACGCCACAUUCUUGGGCGAAUCACACUCUACAGUGUUUCCCGCCUGUAUUGAGCGAAUUCUUCCAACAAAAUAGCAUACCGAAAGAGAACAAGCAACAGAUUAAUAAAGCAGUCGAAGAGGAAUAUAGAAAUUGGUCAUCCAUGAGCAAUGAGAACGACAUUAUCGCACAUUUCUCUGUACCCGGAACGCCACCAUUGUUCCUAUGCGUUCUGUGGAAGAUGAUACUAAAGACUGAUUGUAUUAGUCCCAUCGCGUACAAGAUUCUCGAGAGAAUCGGUGCCAGAGCACUAUCAGCCCAUCUUAGAAAAUUCUGCGAUUACUUAGUGUUCGAAUUCGCGAAUAGCGUUGCUGGUCAACAUGUUAAUAAAUGCGUCGAUAGUAUCAACGAUAUGAUCUGGAAGUACAACAUAGUGACCAUCGACAGAUUGAUACUUUGUUUGGCGUUAAGGACCCAGGAAGGAAACGAGGCACAAGUUUGCUUCUUCAUUAUACAGCUAUUACUAUUGAAAGCAGCGGAGUUUAGAAAUCGAUUGCAAGAAUUCGUCAAGGAGAAUUCACCAGAGCAUUGGAAACAAUCGAAUUGGCACGAGAAGCAUCUCGCCUUUCACAGGAAAUUUCCUGAGAAGUUUGCACCUGAGGGCAUUAUGGAGCAAACUAGCGGCGGGCCUAGUCAAUAUCAAAGUCUACCCGUAUAUUUCGGAAACGUGUGUCUUCGUUUCCUGCCAGUUUUCGACAUAGUAGUGCAUAGGUAUCUAGAGAUACCACCUGUUAUCAAAAGUUUAGAGAUACUGUUGGAACAUUUGGGCUGUUUGUACAAAUUUCACGAUCGGCCUGUCACAUACCUCUACAAUACAUUACAUUAUUAUGAAAGAAAAUUGCGAGAUCGACCGUUGUUGAAACGUCGAUUGGUGUCUGCUGUUUUGGGAUCAUUGCGGGAAAUUAGAGCGCCAGGGUGGGCGCUUUCCGAGGCUUAUCAAAAGUACAUGACGCGCUUAAACGAUGACGCAGUGCAAUGGAUACCAGAAUUGGAUUAUUACAUUCGCCUUGUACAAAGGAUCGUAGAAACAAUGUCUGGCACGGCUCAUUUUCCUGCUACCGAUUGGAGGUUCAAUGAAUUUCCAAAUCCAGCGGCACAUGCAUUAUAUGUAACUUGUGUGGAACUUAUGGCCCUUCCAGUCGCUGCAAAUUUAGUAGCUAAUUCUCUAUUAGAUGUUGUGGCUAAAGGAUAUACCGUUGUACCAUCAGAUGAGAUACAUUUGUGGAUAAAUUGCAUCGGUUUACUGUUAGCGGCACUGCCGGAAUGUUACUGGUCAGCAUUACACGAUCGUUUAGUGGAGACCAUCAGCAGUCCCGCUUUAGCUAAUUGGCAAUACAAGAAUUUGACGCCAUUUCAGAUAUUUAAUUUCAACAUUACACAUAACAGCUUACUAGAAAAUAAGUACAGUUACAUGCUUGCACUGGCACAUUCAGUAUGGCAUCAUGCAGGUGUAGGACAGAUCACAACAAUGCCUCAAUUUAUCAAAGAAAAACUACAGCCAGUUGUGAGCAGUGAAGAGCAAUUGAUAUAUGCUUGCCAUUUGAUCGGUCCUACAUUAGUGAGAUUUAAUGCAGAACGGCCACAUUGCGUAGUUGAACUCACUGUUUCUCUGUAUGAAAUGUUGGAACGAGUUGAUCACACUCAAGCACAUUUGAAUUAUAUGGAUACCAUUUGUGAUUUAUUAUAUCACAUCAAGUACAUGUUUGUUGGAGAUAUGAUGAAGAAUGAAGUGGAAUGUAUUAUACGAAGACUGAGACCUGCAUUGCAAAUGAGGCUGCGUUUCAUCUCUCACAUAAAUAUAGAGAAAAUUCAUACGUCCUGAGACACAAUUAUUCCCGCUACUGCGGGAAUAACAUCGUGACAUGUGUGAUUGACUUUCCGGAUUAAAUAUUAAUCCGGUCAUUCCAAAGUAUAAUUAUUAACACGAAACAUAAAUAAAAAAUGUAUAUUUCUUUUAGUCUACGAAAUGAUCAUCUUGUAUUUGAUAUAUUCGAUUAUAUACGCGAAUAAAUGUGUGUUUGACUAUUA